AUGGGCGUCUCCUCCCCUUCCCUCUUGAUAUGCUCCCUCCUCCGGUUCUCCUUGGUCCUCGUCGCCGGCUUUGCGCUGGUUUUGUGCGAAGAUGGCGGCUCCUCUUCGUUCUCCUUCCAGACGUUUUCCGAACCAGACAUCGCCCUCUACGGGGACGCCAAGGUCGUCAACUCGACGGUGAGAAUCGCCGGACCCAGGACGCUGCGGAGCGAGGGAAGAGUCAUGUACGGGAGGAGGCUGGCCUUCGGGAGGAGGCCGAGCUUCUCGACGUACUUCUCCUUCUCCAUCUCUCCCGGCGGAGGCAAAGGGCCCGGGCUUGGGCUCGCCUUUUUCGUGGCUCCGAGCAAUCUUCGUCAAGAAUCUCUCGACGGUCGCCUCCUCGUCGCCUCCCCCGGCGUCCUGUCAGUCGAGUUCGUCGAGUCCCCAGAUUGCGGCGUCAGGGUUCAUCUCGGCGCCGGAGUACCCAGCAAGAUGGCCAACGUCUCCAAGGUCAAUGUGGCCCUCGACGACGGUGAGAAGCUGCAGACCUGGAUCGACUACGGCGGAGAAUCCAAGAUUCUGGAGGUGAAGUUGAGCAAAUACGGAUCCUCAAAGCCCUCGGAGGCGCUGGUCUCUUACCCAGUGGACCUCUCGGCCUUGAUCUGGAAGAGCGCCAUGUCCGUCGGCGUCGUCGGCUCCUCCGGCGGAAACUCGGCGACCACGACGACGCUCUACUGCUGGACUUUCUGGUUGAAGCACGCGGCGGCGUACAGGAUGCACUCUGAUCCCUUGGACCCCGAGGAGGGGCUCUCCUCCAAUCCGCCGGAGAAGGUGGCUCACCAGCCGGCGCGGCCCAGAGCCGACGACGGCUAUCUUCCCGGGCUGCUCACCGGCCUCUUUCUCGGCGUUGCUUGCGGCGCUGUCGUCACCUUUGUCGCCGUCGCCUUCGUCUGGGCUGCCUUCGCCGGGCGGCGCCGCCACCCCGUGGCUCCCGUCGAGUACCCCGGAGCCGGAAAGAAGGCCACCACCGUCGGCGAUGGCGGUGCCGGCGAGGAUAGUUAG